GAAGUGAAUGUGGAAUUCGAAGCACAUUCCAUAUCGGACAAUGACUAUAACGGGAUAAAGAAAUUACUACAACAGUUGUUUCUAAAAGCUCCUGUUAACACUGCUGAAUUAACUGAUAUAUUAAUACAACAGAAUCAUAUUGGAAGUAUUAUCAAGCAAGCAGAAGUCCAAGAAGACAGUAGUGACGAUGAUGAUGAUGAUGAUGAGGAUGAAGUCUUCGGUUUUAUAAGCUGCUUAAACUUAACGGAAAGGAAGGGUACGCAGUGUGCUGAACAGAUCAAAGAGCUGAUUCUAAGUCGGUGUGAGAAGAGCUGUGAACAGCAUGUAGUUGAACAACUGAAUAAGCUCCUAAAUGACAAUACUAAGCCUGUGGGUCUUCUACUAAGUGAAAGGUUCAUUAAUGUACCACCGCAGAUUGCUCUACCCAUGCACCAGCAGCUUCAGAAAGAGCUGACUGAGGCACAGAGAACAAACAAACCUUGUGGAAAGUGCCACUACUAUCUUCUUAUCAGCAAGACCUUUACAGAAGCCACAAAGAGCAAUUCUAAGAGGAGGGAAGGGAGGAAUCAGCAAAAGGAAGAAUUAAUGUUUGCAAAUGCAGAGGAGGAGUUCUUUUAUGAGCAAAAAAGACUGCCUGUGGCAGCGUUGCUGCUACCUGAUAGGGUCUCCAGUGCUAUGAGGAUAAUGGAAAAAUUCAAAGAACACCUGAAAUAA